AUGGCUAGAAGGUACAAUAUCUCCCUUUCCCCUCCUUCUGCUUCAGCUUCUCAGAAUGAAGAGGAACCUUCUAACAGUUCUGUAAAUCAUAGAAGAGCAGAUAAGAAGUCCAAGAAGCGGAAACAUGGCACGGAAACUUCUGAACCUUCCGAACCCACUGAGCGUGUCACAUCCCCUGUAUUCUCUAGUGUUACCUCAGAUGAGGUGGAAAAGAUGGCCAUUUCUUUAGUAAGAGCUUCGAUAAGCUAUGAAAAGCAAUAUCAGGUAUUGAACAACACUAUACUAAAGAAACUGUACACAAUGAUGGAAACUAAUGCGGCCAAAGUUUCUUUUGAUCGUGUAUUCCACAGGGCAAAUAGCAUUCUAACAGAUGUAUUCGGAUUAGAGCUGGCCCAGCUACCAGAAAAGACUAACAAGCACAAGAAACAAAAAGUAGACAACACAUCCGAAGACAGAGAAAGGAAAAAAACACUCAAUUCGUCUUAUAUUUUGGUGAAUAGUUUACCGGUUGAUAUUAGACAAAAGCUGGUCAGAUUUUACCAGCAAAAAGUCGCAAAGAUUAAUAGCUUGGAGGAAGUCGCUGAUUCAAGCUCCUUACUACCAACUACAGGCUCAGACUUGAUACAUCAGGGAUUCAAUGUAGUGAUUCUGUCUGUAAUAGUGAUCAACUCUAAUCGUGUUACAUCUGAUGAGCUCCACCAAUUCCUUUCAAAAACAUUCAAAAUAAGCUGUAAAGAAAAUAUAAGAUAUGAAUUUCUUGGAAACAGGUCAAUCCCAGAGUUUUGUGGCUAUCUAGAGAAACAGGAAUACAUCUCAAGACGGGUCUUAGGCGAUGACAAAGAAUCUAGGAAGGAGUCGGACCUUUUCGAAUAUUUCUUGGGACGACGAGCAAGAGCAGAGAUAUCCAAAGACGCGUUUUAUUUCAUGAUCCAAGAAAUUUUUGGAGAAAUGUUCACAGAGGAAAUUAAAAAGCAAGCUAUUCAUUCAAUUAACACUGCAUACUCAGAAGGCGAUUAG